AUGAAGGAAAAGUUUCGCCUGUUGCGAAAGGAUAUCUCUUCUGGUAGCUCUUCUGUUGGUGGAUUUCUUGUCCUAAUAAAGGGGAAAGAGGGCAAGGGGAAGGAAAAGACCCACAAUGACGAGGUUAAGCAAAAGAACGGGAAUAGGGUAGUUGUGGGUAAGACACAAAACGGGAACUAA